AUGUCCGGCAUAUCAUCUGAAAGCGGCAGCGGCGGCGGCGGAGGAGUAUCAAGUCGCGUUGCGCGGUUCCUUCCAUGGACGAAACGAGACGGCGUCAGGUCUCCAUCCAGCCCCGAAGGCGGCGUGCCGACCGCUUCCACGGGAGCUGCUGGCGGCUCCGCGGCCGGCCGUCCCUCUUCCGGCGCCGGCGUGAGCGGAGCCGGCAGCAGUUUAAUUGCUCCGGCAAUGAAGCUGGUGGGAGGACGCUUAUUGGACGGCGUUACCGGCGAGGGCGCGGUAAAUAGCAGCCCUAAGCGGACACCUCACGGGGAAAAAUCGCGGGGCUCUUCGGGUUCCGCCACUUCCGGAGAUUCCCGCCGGUCCAGAGGCGGAGGAGUGUUAGGUAGAUCGGUUCCCGCCCCGCUCGUCCUGCCGUUCGCAAAUCGCCUCUCCGCAUCUGCCUCCCCGUCCCGCCAUCCUCCCGCGUCCCCUUCCUCCGCCACCCUCCCCUUCCCGACUUCCGCAGCAACGUCCGUUUCCGCCCCAUCCUCCACCUCCGCUUCCCCAUCUCUGCUCUUCACCUCCUCCCCGCCCAGCGGCCUUCCGCCAGCCUCACCCUCCACCGGUGCCGUCGCCGCGAUUGCUCCUGCGGUCGCAAAUCCGGCGGCGAAUCUCCCCCCAAGAUCAUGUUCCCCUGCGUCAGGAUCAACGUCGCCAAGCACGCGGCUUUCGACUUCCUCCUCCGCCUCUUCCGCUGCGCCCGUCUCGUCCUCCGCCAUUCCUCUAUCCUCGCUCUCCGCUUCUUCCCUUACCGGACCGUCGAACCUCUCUCCGCGGCCGCUAACGGCGCCGACGCUGUCAAGUAGCCGGUCGGAUGAGGCGCCGGUGAGUUCCUCCCGUGGGCUGCGGCUAGCGUCGUUUAUCACGGGCACCGGGGGUAGCAUCAAGGAGCGAAGCGCUUCUUCAUCCUCCGCCGCCACAGUCUCCGCCGCCUCGGCUGCGGCGGCGGCUCUGCCCGUAGACGCAAGCAGUGGGGCGGGGGCUUUAGAAUCCCGACAGAACUCUCACAGCAACCAUCACCACCAGCAGUCGCAGCAGGCACAGCAGCAGCAGCAGAGUUUAUCGCCUAGUGGUCGGCAGUCAGUCCCGUUCCAAAUCGACCAAUCGCGCUUGUCCCCUCGGCCUCUCUCCGCCGUUCCGCUUCCUGAAGCCGCGGAUUCCCCCUCUGGCGGGGCUGCCGCAGUUGGAGCCUCGGCUAGUAGUGUCGGCUCUGGUGUUAGUGGCGGUUCUAGUGGUAGCUUGGCCGCUAAGACUCUUCCAAGUAUUCCGUCAGUCUCGGAUUUGUUAGUCAUUCCUUCCGCCUCAUCCUCCUCCUCUCCCACCGUUUCCUCCUCAGCAAUCUCUUUGUCCUCGUCCUCCUCCUCUGCCUCCUCCUCUUCCUCCUCCUCUUCCUCCUCUUCCUCCGCUUCCUCCUCUUCCUCUUCCUCUUCUUCCUCUUCCUCCUCUUCUUCCUCUUCUUCCUCAUCCACCUCUUCCUCCUCUUUCUCGUCCUCCUCUUCCUCCUCUUCCUCGUCAUCUUCCUCCUCGUCCACCUCUUCCGCUCCCUCUUCAUCCUCAUCCUCUUCCUCCUCCUCCUCGUCUUCAUCCUCCUCUCUUCGUCGUAAGCCGACGGGUAGCUCCACCGAUAUCGCCACAUUAGGGUUCGACGCACGUGCAGCCGCAGCUGCAGCCGCCGCAGCUGCGCACGCCCUCCCCACUCCCCCAACCGCGUCCACUCUCCCCGCACCACCCCCCCCUACUGCCCUCCCCGCCGCUCCCCCAGCUAGUGCCACCAGCAGCGCAAUUAGCGCGGGCGGGGGGAAAUCGGGGGGAAGUCAGGGGGGCUUGUCCACUGGGGGGGAAGCCGCCAAAGCGGACGAGGGGGGAAGCCGUUCCGUCUUAUCCCGCUCCCGCGUGCGUACAGCGCAACCUCUUUCCCUCCCCCCGCCGUUGCUCUCCUCCUCCUCGCUCCCGGCCCAAGCCAGCCGCCCAGGCGGACCAGACGUGUCAGGAUUAAGUAGUACUCUGGUCGCGCUAGGCGCAGGGCCGGGGGCGUCGUUACUUAAGUCGUCGCAGCAGCACGCGCAGCCGCUGCCCGCGGCGCUGCCAGCCGCGUCCCCCUCCGCCAUCCCCUCCGCACUCCCCUCCGCGCUCCCCUCCGCGCUCCCCUCACCCUCCGCGCUCCCGUCUCCCGCGGUUCCGUCUGCACUCCCUUCCGUUCCGCUCAGUAGCGCCUCUGCAGCGUCCGACGCGCAGGGAGGAGCGGGGGGAGCAGGGGGAGCGGGGGGGUCAGGAGCAGCGUCACUGGCGCGAUCGUCCGGGUCAGGGGUUGCAAGCGGUUCAAGUGGGGGACAGAAGGAUUCGAGGUCAUGCCCCGUGAAAUGGGCCAAGGGGCAGGAGCUUGGGCGCGGCAGCUACGGCACUGUGUAUGAAGGGCUCAACCUCGAUGAUGGGAGCUUCUUUGCAUUGAAGGAGGUCCCACUGAACGGGGAUCCGGCCCUUGCGCAGGAGAUAGAGCAGGAGGUGGAGCUGAUGAGUCGUCUGCAGCACCCCAACAUAGUGCGCUACCUGGGCACGUGUCACCGCAGUGGAACGCUCUACAUCUUUCUGGACCUGGCCAAGGCGUCGCUAGCGUCCAUGCUGAAGAAGUACGAGCGCUUUGGCGACGCGCUCAUUCGCACGUACACGCGCCAGAUCCUGCACGGGCUCGCGUACCUGCACAUGCAGAACACCAUGCACAGGGACAUCAAGUGCGCCAAUGUGCUCGUGGACUCCCUGGGUCAAGUCAAGCUCGCAGACUUUGGCAUGGCCAAGAAUUUGGACCGUAGCAUGAUGGCAUGCUCUACCAAGGGCAGCCCCUACUGGAUGGCUCCAGAGGUGUUGGGGGCAGUUUCAGGUGGAUACGGUCUACCUGCAGAUAUCUGGAGCCUGGGUUGCACAGUGCUGGAAAUGGCUCAGGGGAAACCGCCCUGGAGCCACUUGGAGGGGUUCUCCUUUGUGUUCAAGCUCAAGAACGGAGACCUGCCGGCCAUCCCAGACACCCUCUCCCACGAGGGCAAGGACUUUGUACUGCGCUGCCUGCGCCACAGCCCCUCCCAGCGCCCUACCGCCACAGAGCUACUCUCUCACCCUUUCGUGGCGGAGGAGGGAGGAGGGGGUGGAGGAGGGGGAGCGGCAGGGGUGCCUGUUCUUGUAUGGCGGCAGAUUUUGAGUGGAUGGGUGGGGCAGCAACAGGGGCAGGAGGAGUACCCAUGGGACAUUCUCCACAGCCUGUGA